UUUCUAAAGCGUUAGUUUGCCUCACACUCUUGUGAGACAAUGUUGUGUGGGAAAACACCAACAGUGCCAUACAACAAUUGUUCAAAACCAAAAAUAAAUCGGAGGAAAAGGAAAAAAACAAAAUCUAAAAUAGUGCUCAUCAGUGUUUCUUUUGCUUUUGCUUUGUCGUCAUCAUUUUAUUACUGGUACUGCUUGGUUCUCUCGUAGCUGCUUUAAACAUAUAAUCUAAAAAGUGCAUAACACAGAUUAAGUGUUAAAACAUAUUGUAAAAAUGCUGUACAACAUAAAUGAAGAGGAUGUUACCCUUGCCCAGAAUGAUCUGCUUAAUAGUUUUCGAUUUAAAAGAUUAGCUGAAUUCACACAAAUCCUAAAUCGAACAAAAAAUUCUGCACUUAAACCAGCCAUCGUACAAUCGGUGUUUGAGGCUGUUUUAUCCCAGCCAAACAGUGAAACAUAUCUACAAGCAUGUCUAGCUCAUGGAGCUCGGGUUGAUAAGAAAUCCGGCCGAGGAGAGUACCCGAUACAUCUAGCAGCAAAAUCACGCGACAUCAACAAUUUGAAGCUACUGCUAAUACGGCACGAAGUCAACGUUAAUCAACUGUCCGAUGAUGGCUAUAGCGCAAUUGAUUUUAUAUGUCCAUCACACGCUGAUGAACACUCCGCCGAUACCUUCGCCAAAAGUAUUGAAUGCAUAAAGCUGUUACACAAACACGGGGCCACUAUAGACACCUCUAACCUAGCGAAACGUUUAGCAAAGUUGAAGCAGGAAACCGAGAUCAUGGCUGAGUUUAUGCAAGGAAUUGAACCCUUCGUAACGGUGGCUGCAAGCGGCGUACCUGAGACUGAGACUGUGGAUAACCACAUGUUAUUGGAGAAUGCCAUUACAUGUGGGAACUUGGAGAGGGCUAAACAAAUCAUUGAAUCGCACGCAAGCCCACAAACCUCACCAUACAUAUCCAAGAAAAUACUUACCAUUUGCUUUGAACGCGGAUGCUUUGAAAUGUUGGAAUAUAUAUUACAAAUACUUCCAGCGACUGAAAUACAGCCUCGGAUAAGCCAGAAAACAUGGAUGUCGUUUCUGGUACAGCGUGUAAAUGGAUCGGAUCUCGAGUGUCGGUUUUUCAAAUGCUUAAAGCUAUGUCUGAGCUAUCCUCAAUUCGACAUCGACGAAAGAAAUGGUUGGGAUUAUACUGCUUUACACUAUGCGGCCACCUUGAAACUGAAGCACGUGCAGGAGCUGCUUCUUCAGAAAGGUGCGUACAUAGGUGGAAGGGACAUAUUUGGCGUUUACACGAUUAGCCAAAUUGACCCACUAGUGCUGGUGCGACACUUUGAUUCCUGUGUGUACACUAGCCCCAGGAUAGGGGAUGAGCAUGGUGCAAACUCACCUAUUGUAUACGUUGAGUUGAGCAACUUUGUUCCUCCCAAGCUCGAGGGAAACGAGCAACACUUCACACACUCAACACAAGAUAAAUCCUAUAAAAGCUUGCGACCUGCAUUGAUGGAGUUCACCAAUGUGUCCAAAUUGUCCAGGUUAAAUGAAAAAGAAAAAAAAGCUCGCCAGCAGCUCAUUGAACAUCCAGUAAUUGCUACUUCUCUUUACAUUCGUGAACCACCACCGACUACAGUGGGAUUGUUGUUGAGAUUUAUCAGAUUAGUACCGGCUAUCUUAUUAUUUGUACCCUUGAACAGCUGGUGGUUUAUUCGGUGCGAGUCGAUUCUGCUCAUUUGUCUCUUCAUAUUCGAAGUCAUCCUGAACGCCAGUUACAUCACGCACUUUUUUGAUAAACGCAACAAGAACAAAUUCCAAUCGGUUCCUAAUCCAACAAUCCUCUGCACCAUGCUGGUGGAGAUAGGUUUGAUAGCGUGUUUGAUAUACUUCACAUUUUUGGAACACAGCAAGGUCCAUCAGCUGAGCUGUUGCAUUUUUCUCACUGGAUUCGCCACUAAACGGUUCAUUGCCAGCUGGGACUGUUUAGCUGAGAAAAUCCAUACACUAGACAUAGUUGUGACGAACAUUAUAUGCAACAUUUUUAUAUAUUCGUUUAUACUUGGAAUAUUUGCGCUCUCCUUUUGCGUGCACGACUCAAACUUUGGGCAAACGGUUGUACUGCCGAAUAACACUGCUAGCUCAACUAAUACGACCUUUGAGUCAACAUCCAAAACCGCGAAAUUGAUUGAACAACUGGCGAUGUUUGAUGGAAAGAUAGUUGUGUUGGAUAAGAAAAUAGACUUGGCAUUUUAUCGAGUUGAUGUUGUAAGUUUUCUUAUUUUAGUGCCAAUUGCUUUGGCGAACAUAAUAACUGCUUUAGCAAUUACAGAUGUUUCGGAACUCACCGCUCAAUCGAGGUGUGUAAAAAUUGCUCUCAGGACUAGCAGCGCUUUUGUGCCAGAGCAUCCGGCCGUUGAGCUGUGCAGAGGAAUGUCAAAAUAUGUGGAAGAAAAAUGUUUCUCUCUCAGGAACCGCAAUAAUGUGCAAUACAUUGCAAUGUAUGUUACAAGUGUCGUACACUGGACGAAACCAUGAAAUAGAACUUCACAGAGUAAACGACGAAGCCGAGAAGCCAGAAAUUUUAUGGAAAGCAGACGACAAAUUUACCAAAUUAUUAAUAGAUGCUGCAUUUGCUGAUGAAAUCACAUGAGGAUUGUGUUUUUGAUUAAAACCAGUUCAUUUAAACUACAAGCAAAGUUUACAGUUCACAGUUCAGUCUCUGACCUGUACGGAUAUAUUUGUGAUAAGUGCGAUAGACUUUAUUUAAAAAAAACACCAAAGAAGAAACAUACCGGUUGAACUAAUUUCUAAAUAUUGAAGAAUUAUCUAGAAGUAAGGGAACUCUACUUAGUCUAGGAUAGCAUAUAGCAUAGUCAUAAUAAUCUAAGUAAGCAAUAAGUGUGCCGGGCCCGACGGCGCUUUAAAACCGUCUGCUACCACGGAACAGUACCGGGUAAAGGAGUUCGGGAGCGUCAACUGUCCAACUGUUGAAAAUUGUUUUAUAAAUAAAAAACGUUUCAAACAUAACACAUAGUAUCCUGC